AUGGCCUUCAGCUUCGGGUUCUCUGGAGAUGAUAUCGAUGUCGAGGAGUUCGAAGGCAAUAAUGAGGUUCCUGAUGUCUCCGCUCUGCGGGAGAAGGACAGUUCACUUCCUGAACUGGUGAAGGCGGGUCAACAUGACAUGAAUGAAUGGCUCUCAACCCUCCCAUCUCAAAUAUCAUACAACAUCCUCGCAAUCAAGGGCGACCACCAAAUUGCCCGGCGAGAAAUCUUCGAUAUCCGCACCCAGCUGAUGGCCGAGGACAGCGCGGGCUACGAUAACGAAGCGCUCAUUGCCGGACUGGAAAAAGGCGAUAUCAAGCCCCAGUUCUAUGAGGGGGGGUUCAAGACAUGGGAGUGUGCGUUGGAUCUUGCCAGAUUGGUGACUGGUGAGACUGGAGAGGAAAGACAAGAAGAGGAUACUCAUUUUAUCGAGAUGGGUGCGGGCACUGCUGUGCCGUCUCUGGCUCUUUUUGCAAGCCUUUUGACUCAGACAUCAGGAUCCGAGCAGCGGGAAAAAACACACUUUACAUUUGCAGAUUAUAAUGCUUCGGUGCUACGGCUGGUCACGCUCCCAAAUCUACUCUUGACAUGGCACAACAGCCGCGCGCAGCCUGGCCCAGAAAGCCAACCACAACAGACGCAAGAGGAAUUAGAGCUGGACAUCACGCCCGAACUCAUCACCGAAUUCAAAAAUGACUUGACCCAACGCAGAAUCACCAUCUCCUUCAUUUCAGGCGCCUGGUCGCCAGAGUUCGUGGACCUGGUUUUCUCCGCACAGAAUCUCAACAACGUCGGAAAAAGACACACCCUUAUUCUCGCCAGUGAGACCAUCUACUCCCCUUCUUCGCUGGGGGCUUUCUCGGAGACUAUUUUGGAUUUGUUGCGUCGUGCAUCCAGUGCAUCAACAUCAACCGUCCAGACUCGCGCCCUGGUGGCUGCGAAGAAGGUCUAUUUCGGUGUCGGCGGUGGUGUGGAUGAGUUCCUCGCUGUGCUGGCGAAUAUCUGUCCCGACGGGUUGGAUGUGCAGCAGAAGUUGGAUGUCCAGUCUGAGGGCGUUGGUCGGGUAAUUCUGGAGAUCGGACUGGCGAGUCACUAG